AUGGCAUCAUCAGUUCCAGGUCCAAUAGCAUUACCAGAAUCCAAAUUCGAUCUAACAACAUACUGGGGUCGUGUUCGUCAUUGUGCUGAAAUUUCAGAUCCUUCAAUGUUAUUAAAUUCAAAUGUAACUUUAGAAAAUGCUAAAAAAUUAAUUAGUCAAUAUAAAAAUGGUGAACAAAAACAAAUGACACCAGAAUUAUGGGAUGCUAAGAAAGUUUUAGAUUCUACUGUUCAUCCAGAUACUGGUGAAACUGUUUUAUUACCUUUCAGAAUGUCAUGUUGUGUCUUAUCAAAUUUGGUUGUUACUGGUGGUAUGUUAACCCCAGGUUUAGGUACUGUGGGUACAUUAUUUUGGCAAGUUGCAAAUCAAUCAUUAAAUGUUGCAAUUAAUACAGCAAAUGCAAAUAAAUCACAUCCAUUAUCUACACAACAAUUAAUUCAAAACUAUACCAUUGCAGUUACAGCAUCUUGUGGUGUUGCAUUAGGUCUUAAUUCAAUAGUUCCAAAAUUAAAAUCUCUUUCACAAAAUACAAAAUUAAUCUUGGGUAGAUUAGUUCCAUUUGCUGCUGUUGUUUCUGCAGGUAUUGUUAAUGUCUUUGCUAUGAGAAGUGAAGAAAUUAAAAAAGGUAUUACAGUGUUCGAUAAAAAUGGUGAUGAAGUCGGUACUUCUAAAACUGCUGCUAAAUAUGCCGUUGGUGAAACUGCAGCAUCAAGAGUUAUUAAUGCUACACCAAUCAUGGUUGUACCACCUUUAAUUCUUGUUCAAUUACAAAAAGGUUUAUUAAAGAAUAAAGGUGUUGGUAUUCAAACUUUAGCUAAUUUAGGUUUGAUUUUAACAACUUCAUUUGUUGCUUUACCUUUUGCUUUAGGUGUUUUCCCACAAUAUCAACCAAUUCAAGUUUCAAAAUUAGAAUCUGAAUUAUCUGGUAAAAAGGAUAAAGAUGGUAACGCUAUUGAAACUGUUUAUUUCAACAGAGGUAUUUAA